AUGGCGGAUUACGAGAGACGUGUGCUGGAUCACUACCAGCUCUCCACCGCAUAUCCUCUAGAAUGGCCCCCCGAGAAGGACCUGAGCGAUGAUUCAGAUGAAGAGGACACGAAACCGCAACGCAAUGGCAUGUUGCGGAGGUCCAAAUCGAGAUAUUCAGCCUUGGAACGGGUCACCAGUGAUCGCAAGAGUCUAGUUCCUGGCUCGCAAAAAACGGGGAAUGGCCCGGAGAAUCUAGUGCAGAGAGAUGAGCCUGAUCCUCUGGGAACCACGGAAAGCGUUGUGAGAAUAUUGCGGCAGCUGGGUCUGCCGGUUCAGGAUGAUACACGGCUCCGCAACAGAUUCCUUCUCUCCUCUACAACUUUUUCCCCAGCGCUAUUUCUAUCCCAAGUCCAUUCGACGGCAUCUACCGACUCCCUCAUCCGUGGUCUUGACACCCUCUCCAGAUCUAUUGACCAGAAAUCCGCAUCGUUGAAGGUCCUUGUCGAAUCCAACUUCGAGCGCUUCGUUCGCGCUAAAGCCACCAUUGACAAUGUCUAUACCGAAAUGAAGUAUCGAGGGGAUGUUCCCACAACACGGCUUGGCCCACACUCGCGCCAUGCCAGCAGGAAUAGUUUCAGAACUAGCAGUGGAAAUCAAGCUUCAAUGGCACUUGGGCCCGACGCCAAAAAGAAGAAUGCUUUGACGAAAGAGAGCGAGUAUGGGGUUUUGGGCAUCAAAACGCCGCUUCUCGAUGUAUCGGCCAAGGCAGAAGAAGUCUGGGGUCCAGCUUUGGGAGGGCGGGAGAAAGAAGAGAGUCUGAAAUCCAUGUCUACAACGGUUAGUCGAUACAAAGAGCUUUAUGAGGUCAACGGAGCCAUCACCGACUGUAUCAGAAGGAAAGACUACGAAAGUUUAGUGGAGGAGUAUGCAAAAGCCAAACGAUUUGCAGACGAUGCCAAAAGACUCUCGGAUCAGUUAGCUUCUACACCCCCUACGGAUUCACAGAUACACCAACUUCUGCUAGCUGCUCGGGUAUGGCAUGAUGUUGAAGAUCAAAUUGAAGACUUCAAAAAAGAUGUUUGGCGUAGGCUGAUCGCUAUGCAAAGCAUUUCAAGGUCUGGCGAUGCUUUUGGUGGCCAGCAGGACCAGCAUAUGGAACUCAUUGGUAUUUUGCUCGAAUUGGGGGUGGUGGAUAAUCCUAUAUGGGUCUGGUUACUCAGCCGAUACGACUACUUGAAGAGCAAAAUUACUACAUUUUCGGAUCGUUCAAGGGUCGAAAUUGAAAUUCUCCGAAGGAGAUUAGCCAAAGGAGACAGACCUACAGCCCAAGUAGUAGCAUCACACCUGAGAUCUCUUGCUCGCCAGACUGCUGAGGACAAACCAACCUCUUUAGAUUCUGCAGAGAUCAUUGAACUUUGGGAGAAAAUGAAUACCUUCUUGACUGGAAUGUUAUCUGCUCAAGGGAUUCUAGGCGAGGUCAUGGAAUUUUGGCAAACAGUACAAAGUUUUGUAGAUGGUCAAGCCCAAAAAACAUUGCCUAUUGGAUUAAAUGGCGAGUCACGACAACACCAUAGGCUUUCUGACCAAGGCACUCUCGACUUACAGAAAGGAACCGUAGAAUUGGUCGAUAUGAUAAGGGAGAGUAUAUUUGCGUUCUUCGCUGAUCCACCUCUGGAAGAUAUUUCCUCCUUGUUCUCUCCAUUACCACCAACUCCAAGGACCCCCAAAUCAUCUGGUGCUUCGGGGCUGACACCAACAUCAAUGCGAGACCCGAGGUUCAAUUUUGACAACCUACCACCGCCAUCACCGAAACGAGGCGAGGCGUGGGAAAAGUUUGCUUUCUGGCCACCGUGGUCAAAUUCUCUGAGCGGAGCUAAUUAUCUCUCGAAACUUCUCGUCUUGGUGGGGACUGGUGCCAGUGAGAUGGCAUCCAUCUCCGCUAUCAGAAACGGUGACACGGCGGCAUUAGAGCGACUGAAAGCCUUGGUAGGCGGUGCCCGCGAAAGGUGUGUGACCGCCAUAUGUGCAGCUUGGAACAAGGAUGCCGAAAAUAUCAAGGUCUUGGAGGACUGGAGACGAUCUUCGGAGAGGCGUAACCUGACAAGAAUGCCUGCAAACUUCGGUGCAUUUGAGAGUGCAGUUCUCUCGGGGAUGCAGAAGAUUCUAUACAUUUCCGAGGCAAAAGUUGGCUCUGCAGGUGUUGUCUUUCCUCCUCCAGCAAAGCUGUUGCAGAUGGUUAGGAGCCAAUUUGUGACUACGUUAUACAAGGCAUUGAGUGGAAUGGUGGAAAAUGCGGAGAAAUCUGUGGCAAAAGCAGAAGAUGACUGGACGACGGACACCGAUGGUCUCGCAAGUCCUGUUGCAACUGUGAUCGCUACUAGCAUUGGGGCAGGGACUGUCAAUUCUAGUGACAGGAAUGUUCGCAUGCUCCUAACUUUGAGCAACCUUCAAUUUCUCCGUGUUGACAUUGUUCCAAACCUCACAACCCAAUUUGAGAACGCAUUCUCGGUCAAGUUGACCGAGGAAGCCAAGACAAUCCGAGAUGUCCUUGGCCAAAUCGAUGCCCGUCUCUUCCAAUCCUACACCCGGCCGGCCGUCGAAAACGUGCGCAGUAUCAUCCGUCGAGGCAUUUCUGCUCCAGAGUGGGCUCCAGGACCUAACGAGAAACCGAAGGAUGUCAGACCUUAUAUCUACGAAGUACUCCUCAGUCUUGUCCUUAUCCAUACCCAGGUCUCCACCACAGCCUCCUCCCUGACGGCUCAAGUACUUUCGUACCUUCUCGAGCAAGCAUCCCGCGAACUUCUUGAGUCGUUCAAGCAACGUCAACGCUAUCCCCUACCGUCACUCAUGCAAGCAACUUUGGAUGUGGAAUUUGUGGCACAGACUCUUAGCCAAUACACGACAGACCGCGCAAGUGAAACACAAAGUCAAGUCUAUCAGGAGCUAGAUAAAGGGACAGACAACGAUGCAAGACAGAAACUACAAAAUGAGCUGCCGGAAAUGAGAGCCGUGCUCAAGAGGCUUAGAGAGGGAAGCAGAAGCGAAUUUGCUUGUUUCAAGAAGGCUAGAAGAUCAGAAAGGCCGUCCAUACCACCACCACCCACAGUGUGA